CGUCUAUAUUUCUUCUCUAGGGUUUUUGACAUUGAAGUAAAACAUAUGGCAGUGACAACUGACGAAUAAUAGUAAAAACAAAAAUAUCCUCAUUAUUAAGUAACUUUGGCCAAAAAAAGUACCUGAUCCUAAACCAGGAACCAUUAAAUAAUGAUAUUAAAGUUAAACGACGAAUAAAGAAGGCUCAUGCACAAAAAUAAUGAUCAUUUUAUAUCUAGCAUUACUUGUCAGUUAAAAAAUGAAUGCUAUUAUCGGUAUGUGUCAUUUUUGUGAGGCUCACGGACCCCGACCGCUAUUCUGCACGUUCUCAACAGACGACGAAACCCACACAACAGAGGCUUCCAAGCACACAGUCCAGUGCAGUGGGUGCACCUCAAUCGGACCAGACACAGUUUUUGUGUCUCGAGAGGACAAUGGCGUUAUAUUUUGCAGCCGAGAGUCUGUUCCCAAUAAUGACGUUACUGCGUUCUUGAGGCAAGCAGCUCUGCGAAGUAUUACUUGUGAGAUGAGUUGGAACAAAGAAGGUGGUGUGGUUUACUUCAGUGAUACACACGGACAUGUCCUCAGUCUCAUGUUCCAGGUGAAAGAUACAAGAGCGAGAGGGUUAAAAAGACUGUUCUCUAUAGUGGUACUGAUGAAGGAUAAAAUGCUGUUACUCAACAUAACACCGGUGCUUUCUGAACAUAUGCAGAAAAUAGCAAAAGAACUCCAACAGCAAGCCAUUGCGGUAUAUGAGAAUGAGCAAAGCAUAUGCUCCCAGAGGGCUUUGAGGUUGAAAACAGGAAGGAAUGACUUCGGUCAGUCAAGGUCCUUAGUACAGUUAACAGGUGACGAGGAUAUUUUCAAAAAGCUGCACUCACACUUUACAUGGAUGCUAAGAACUGGUGCUGUGACAUAUUCGGAAACUCUUUAUACCAGUCAGGAUUUGCUCAGAAAGUUGACUCCUACAAGUCAUACAAUCUUCGAGGAAAACUCAUGUCCAUCACCACAGGAUCACAGUAUGUCCUUAAGAGAGCUGGCAAAUUUAUUGGGCAAAGCUGUGUUCAGGAUAUUAUUGUAUUGCACUUUGACCGGAAUAGAUAUAGUGAUAAAAACGCAACACACAGAGCCGUCCUCAAUUAUCAACAGUCUUUCGAGUUUAAUGCCAAGUGGAGAUAAUCAUAAUAUAAGUCAUAUCAAAGCUGAGAGUUGUGUGCAGGUUUUGCCAUCUCAAGACGUCUGCAUUUUAGAGGAAACGGAAAAUAGCAAUUUUGACUGCAAAUGGACUCACAGUAUACCUGUAAAAUGUCCUACACUUAUGAAGAAAAUUGAGAAUGCCAUGGAAAAUACAAAAUUUAAUGAUGCUGUUCUGCAUCAACAUAUCAAAUCAUUGCAACUUGAGUGGUUAGGCAUCACAAGAACUUUAAAAGCAGCAUUGUUAACAGGAAAACCAGAUGCUGUCAAGAAUUUGGAGCAAGUGUUGGGUGUUACAAAGCAAGAUGAAUUACUGGUGAAUUAUUGGUCCAAUACCUUUUGUAAUUGAAAUUCAAACAACUGAACUGUGAUACUAAUUUAUUUUUAAUGAAUUGUUAUAAUUUAAGUAAUAAAGAAAUGUUGAACUUGAA